UGCCAGUACCUCGGGACUGUCGAAAACUGUAUCGUUGAUUCGUUUGCCAUAUACGCAUAAGUGUUGCAUGAUGAACACGUUCUGGACUUUUGGUUAACAAAGAUAUUCUAGUUGGGUCUAGCCCACGAAGUCACAGGAAUUUGCAUAUAAGUAGUCCACUCUAUUCCACUUCUACAGGAUAUGCUACCUUCCUUCUUUCCAGUAUCCUGUUCGACAGAAUUCGACGUGGCACACCAAUGCUUCUUUUCGCCAUUGCAAUUGUUCAGAUGUGGCUAUUUCCAGGCGCAGUGGUACAUGGUACACGGAUGAUCUCGCCUCAAAGUACUUCCACACGACCCAACGAUGCGGGUUCUUCAAAUGGGCUGAACAUUGGAGAUGCUUGUUUGUUGUGCAGUGUUGCAAAUCCGGUCACCCCUUGCCUAAUCCUGUGUAUCCUCCCUACCGUGGGAGGCGGAGAUAGAACAGAGCAGACGUGCCGCAAUCAGCGAGCCCAUCAGCUUCCAUCCACCAUUCAGAACAAAACCUUCCAUAAGUCCGGCGGCCUGGACCAUGGCCUGUUCGACAAUGAUAUGCCGGCGGCAUCUGCACCAUGAAACAUGCAAUAUCUUGUAGAUGUGACUGGAUUUUGCUAAAGAUACUUCAUCUUCC